GUAAGAUUGGUUAUAAAACCCCGGCCCUCUCCCAUCCUAGGCUGCCUCUACCAAAGACAAUCUAUUCGCACCACCACACCACACCACACCACACCACACCAUAUCCUAUCCUCCUCAACAAACCUCCACAGACCAAACAUUCACCACCAACUCAUAGCCCAUCUCCAAGUACCAGCUUACGGUUACUUCCCACCAUGCCUCUCUUCCACAAAUCCCCCUCCCAACCCCCCAAACCGGGAACCCCAUCCCACGGCCUCGCCCAAACCCCCCACGGCAUAACCGCUACGGGCUUCGGCCACAUACAAUCCCACCUGACCUUCCCCGCCCUGAUCCUAAUCACCCCUUUGGACGAGGAAGACGCCGCCUCGGACUUUGUCCCGGCAACACACGCUGAUCUCGUCGCCGCGCAGAAGGAUGGGGCCUGGCGCGCAGAGGGGAUUCCCCAGGCGACGCCGCUCCCGCGUGUCGGGGGGAUUUCGCGCGGGUGGUGGGUGAGGAAGGGGGUGCUUAUGAAGGGAUUUGGAAGGGUUGUUCGUGUUCUCGAGGAUGUUUCUGUUGCGUGGGUGGAUGGGAGUGGGGGGGAGGGUACCAGCAAGGAGGAGAUUGAGGAGGAAAUUGACGAGUUGUGGCGUUGAGCUGGUGAGUGAUUUUAAUUUGGGGUUUUUUUUUUUUCUUUGGAGUCUUUGUUGUUCAUUAUCUACGAGUUCGGAAUACAUCUCAUAUAGGACGAGCAUGGCAUACAUGAUAUGAUAGAAGAGU